GCCUACGCCUCCGCCCAGGGCGUUCCCUUCGAUAACGCCACCGCCUUCUCCAACAGCCUCCGGAGCCCGCAUCUGUUGAAGGUGCCCGGGCCGGUGACCCGCCGUGGGGUUCGGCCUCUUCAACUGCCGCUCCGGCCCCUUCUGCCAGGGCCUCAACAACACCCGGUUUGGCGCCAGCAUGAACAACGUCUCUUUCCAGCUCCCCAACACCGUCUCCCUGCUCCAGGGCUGCCAGCCCGAACGAAUCGUUCGGUGGGAGGUUCCUUGAAAUCUGCGGUUCGGCAGUUAAUCGGGGUACAAGCCCAAGUCCGAUCCUGAUUCUGCUCCUCAAUUAGACUAACCAACCCGCCGCCGCGGCAUCAUAUAUCAUCAUAUAUGUAUCGGAACCGCCUCUUGGAGUCUGCUCAGCUUCGUCGUCUUGGAUUGAUUUUCUGACCGCCUGCUUGCGGCGGCGACUUGUUAGUUGAUUCGUCGAUCGGCUCCCUCUCCGGCCGGCCAGCUCUUUAUUUUAUAUACUAAUACUAUACAGAUCUACUCCAGUAGAUAAAUCGAAUAAUAGUAAGAUGGCUUCUUCAUCAUUAGUGGAUUGCAUUGCAGCUCGCGGCGGAUCGGCGCCUGCGCAACAAGAAGGAACAACGACGGCGGCGGUCAGCCUUCCAGAGGAUAUCCUUGGGCACAUACACUCGUUGAUGCCGAUGCGAGAUGCUGCUCAGGCUGCCUGCGUAUCCCAUGCCUUUCCGCGUUUCCUAUCCCAGGCUCGACUUUGACAUGUACACACUAGGAUUACUGGAUGUAGGCCGCCGCCUGCUGUCGUUUGGUCCCAUUGACAAAGAAUUACCAGCUAUAGAGGAUCAACUGAGGAGGGGCGUCAUUGCAACAUUCGACGAGUACUACGAAAAGAAUAGUCCUAUCAUAAAAGAAUUCUCUGCCAGAGUUGAUCACAUCAUGCAUAACCACGUCGGAACAGGUGUUCAGACAUUCAGGCUUGUGCCUCCCUAUGGCUUCUACAUAAACCCUGCUGUUCUUGACCGCUGGUUCCAAGCUGUCAUCGCACCGGGGAUCAGUGAAUUUGGCCUGUACCUAGACAUGGGCGAUGAGGGGCUAGGUUACAACUUCCCGUGCUCCUUGUUAUCUAGCAGCAACAGGGGAUGCUCGACGAUUGCAUCUUUCUCCAUUGCUGGUUGCGGUCUCCAUUCCCUGGACAGGGUUGGCUGCUUGAUAAGCUUGUGUGUAGUGCAUCUGCACAGGAUGCGUGUUACUGGAGAGCAACUUAUCUGCUUCCUGUCUGCUUCUCCUGGUUUGCAGCAGCUGCAACUUUCCUACUGCAAUGACGUGGUUUGCCUGAAGAUACCUCAUUCCCUGUGGCGGCUCAAAUUGCUGCUGGUACGCAACUGCAACAGUUUGCAAACGAUUGGAUGCGAUGCUCCACAGCUCAAGAGCUUUGGAUAUGAUGAGUUGCCCACAACGCAGAUCUGCCUUGGAGAUUCAUCACCCUUAGUGAGGGAUAUGAGAAUGUCUGGUAUGGAUGAUGAGCCUACAGGCAUGCUCUGUUAUGCCACCACUAAGCUUCCUUCAGUCGCGCCAAAUAUUAGCUCGCUUGUCCUAUCAUCAUGCUUUGAGAUUGCAACUCCAAUGAAAAAGCUUAACAAAUUCCGCCGCCUCAAGUACUUGGAGAUACAGCUUCAUACGCCAAGACGUUGUCCAGACUUUGAUUUUUAUUCCCUGGUUUCUAUUCUUAAUGCUUGUCCUGUCCUGGCUACUUUCAUCUUGCGUUUAGAGAUGCGCGAUGCUGAUGAUGCCAUUCCGGGAGAUCCUCAUGGUGAUUCCUCACAAUGGAAAACGCAUAUGAGGGGGCAGGGCCAUCGCAAGUUGAAGAAUGUUCUAGUGAGGGGUUUUCCCUCUGCAAAAGGUUUGGUUGAGCUAACAAGUCACAUCCUUGAGACCGCAGCAUCCUUGAAGCGCCUGGUACUGGAAACUGCAUAUGGCUGCCAUACGAGGGAUUGCAUUGGCAUAUGCUCGCCUUUAACGAGAAAGGCCCUCUUGGAAGCACGGAAAGCUGUAGGUGUCAUCAAGACAUACGUCGAGGGUAAAGUCCCCUCAACUGUUAAAUUCAAGCUUAUCGAGCCAUGUGCCAAGUGUCACGCCGACCACGCAUAACCUGCUUGUUAGACCUCCUCCAAUAGUUGCAUAAGAGCUAGUUCAAAUAAUUUUUUUUAUAUUUUAAUAGAAGAAGAGAGAAAAGAACUAUCUUUCGAUUAAGAGAUAGCCUUAUGCACACACUUUAAGAUUAUAUGAAGAUGACGUGUGGGGUCAUUCAUAUUAUAAGAUAUGUGCUAAAAGA